GUUUCUCUCUAUUGCAAUUUUUCUUCUUGAUUCCUUUGAUGGUCGACUCGCUCAAAAUCGAGUUCACAGCUUCGACAAAGCUCAAAAAUCGAUUUUCAUCAUCAUCACAAAACUGAAUACGAGGACAGUCAUGGUCAUCGCUAUCCUUGCCCUAGAGAAAAUCAUAAAGAAUACUUUGCUGGCGAAAGAGGGGAUAGUUCAUUUAACUUGAACUAAAACAAAACAAACCCAAUCAAAUUUCAGGUAGCUACCCUCCAAUGGCUGAUCUCCAUAACUUGACUUGUCAAACCUGUGGUUCCGAUGAGGGUCUUGACGGUUCCGAUGGCUUCUUCUACUGCCUUCGCUGCGGUUCUCAGUUCGAGGAUGUUGUUGACACAGCGGUUGACGAUGAUGAUCUCUUCAACAAGGGCGGAGAGACCGGUGGCGGCGCUGUCUACAAGGCCAGUCACCAGCGCCGCCGCCAGCACCAGCGACCUGAUGCAAUCAAAGCUGAACCCAUCUCUCAGUAUGACUCCUUCUACGAUUCCCAGUCAAAUUUCAUUAGGAAUCUGAGGUUAGAAGAUGAAACUCCUCAAUGGAGCGAUCAUGGUCAAGUUAAAAGAGAGGAAUUUGACAACCCCCCAACAGUUCCUGCAGAUUUUGGAGGCUCGGAAGUUCCCAGCAGUGAAGAUUACCACAAGGAGAUAAGGAUGCGGUAUGUGAUGGGGUUGCAGAUUAUGAUUGAGCUUCAAUGCGAAGCAUUGGUGAAGGAGUUUAAGGUUACCCCUUUAAUAUGUGGCUUGGUUGGGCCUAUUUGGCUGAGGUUUGUCUCCAUGACUGGUGUUUUUGAUGAUGAUUGGCCUAAUAAAGCAAUCUUUGAAUCUGAGAUGCAGAACGAAGAAGAAAGAAAAUAUUAUGAAGUACGAGCUAAAUACGGAGCAGAACCCCGCAAUGACUUUGGUCAGCGAGCUGCAAUGAUAUGGUUCAGGUCUUUAAAGAAAAUGAUCCCCCUAGCUUACACUGUUGCAGUUUCGUUUCUGGCAUGUCAUCUUGCCAGGGAAGCUGUCUUGCCAUCUGACAUGAUGAAGUGGACACGUGAAGGGAAGCUUCCCUAUUUUUCUGCUUUUGUUGAAAUUGAAAGGCGCAUGGGACAUCCAUCAAGUGCGUGUCCUAUCAGUUCAAGUGUUAUGUUCAGGCCUCAGCGAGCUGUUCCGGUUCAGAAGCUAGAGUCAUUUGCUGCAUACAUUGCUCAGUUCAUAGGCUUGGAGUUACCUCCUGUGAACUUUAAUGCAAUAGCUUACCGUUAUCUUCAAAAAUUAUCUCUUCCUGUUGGAAAGAUUAUUUCUUAUGCAUGCCGCAUAUAUGAAUGGUCAAUGCCCCCAGAAUUGUGGUUAUCCUUAUCCAAAAAUUAUUUUAGGCUUCCUACUCAUGUUUGUGUUAUGUCAAUUCUGGUUGUGGCAAUAAGGAUUUUGUAUAACAUAAAUGGUUUUGGGGAAUGGGAGAAAAGUUUGUCUCUUAAUGGUGGUACCAAAGACAAUGGUGAUAUUGGUACCGCUUUUGCCUCCCAUGAUGGACAUGAUUUUGAUAAAGAGUCAGCUGAAGAUCCAGCAGGACCUCAAAAACAUGAAUUGGAUUCUGCAGGGCUUCUCCAACACCUUCAAUCAAGAUAUAAUGAGAUUGCAGAUACUUAUGAGUAUUCGAAGGACUUAACUACAUAUCUCAAAUACUGUAGGGAUGUUGUCUUUGCUGGAUCAGAACCAUCUUAUGGGAACCAUGAGGAAGAAAAUAUGAUACAAUACCUGUGGAAUUUUUAUCAGAAUGAAGAGAAUGUUAAUCCAUCAGAUCUAGAGCAAUCUAAUACUUUUAACCAAAGGAGGUCGAGAGGUGAGGGAUGUGUUAGCACGACAUCUACGGAGGAAAAGAUGAGAAAGGAAUGUUUUAAUGAACCCUCUUCUGAUGAUGGCACUUGCCUUGCUGAUAAUUCUGCUGCAAGUGUGGAUAAUGAUGAUUCCGCUGCGAGUCUGCCGGACGGUGAAGACUCAGAUUCCGAUGAGCACGGUUCAGGAAAAACUCUUGUCAAGGAAGCCAUUAGACGGAUGAAAUUAGACAUGGAGGAGAACAGAUUUUGUUAUAUACCACCCAGAGUCAAGCUGAAUAAACUUGAUUACCUUCACUAUGUCAGAAAGAGGGAUGAAGGUGCCCUGACCUAUGUUGCUCAUGCUGAUUACUACAUUUUGCUUCGGGCUUGCGCCCGGGUUGCACAAGUUGACAUUCGGAUUUUGCAUAUUGGUGUGUUGAGCCUUGAGAGAAGACUUGCCUGGUUGGAGAAUCGGAUUGAUAAAUGCUUGCAUUCGAAACCUACCAGUAUUUCUUGUCAGUUUUGUAGUGAUAUGGACACUGGAAAUGUCUCUGAUCAUAUAUCUGGACAAACAAAUUUGAAUAUUUGAGAAUCAAUUCAUCAUUGUUAUAGUGUAACCACUAAAAAAUAGAAUUGAUAAAUUACAUCCUCCGUAUCCUCUUAAGUAACUGUUGAAACCAUGUAAGUAAA